CUCCCGCCACAGCUGCAGCCAGAGGUGCUGAGCGCCGCCGAGCCCCGCAGCUGAGCCGAGCCGGGUGGAGCCGAGCCCAGCCCAGCCCGGCGCCCGCAGCGCAGCAUGGCCGAGCCGCCGGCGGCGCCGGGCCCCGAGGGAGAGGAGGGCCCGGUGCGCUUCGCCCGCAAGGGAGCCCUGCGGCAGAAGAACGUGCACGAGGUGAAGAACCACAAGUUCACGGCGCGCUUCUUCAAGCAGCCCACCUUCUGCAGCCACUGUACCGACUUCAUCUGGGGUUUCGGCAAGCAGGGCUUCCAGUGUCAAGUUUGCUGCUUCGUGGUGCACAAGCGGUGCCAUGAGUUCGUCACCUUCUCCUGCCCCGGCGCAGACAAGGGCCCAGCUUCCGACGAUCCCCGAAGCAAACACAAGUUUAAAAUCCACACAUAUUCCAGCCCCACCUUCUGCGACCACUGUGGCUCGUUGCUGUAUGGCCUCAUCCACCAGGGGAUGAAAUGUGACACCUGCAUGAUGAACGUGCACAAGCGCUGCGUGAUGAACGUCCCCAGCCUGUGUGGGACCGACCACACCGAGCGCCGGGGCAGGAUAUACAUCAGGGCCGACAUCGAGAAGGACGUGCUGACUGUCGUGGUAAGAGAUGCUAAAAACCUAGUUCCCAUGGAUCCCAAUGGCUUGUCAGACCCCUACGUGAAGCUUAAACUAAUCCCUGACCCCAAAAAUGAAAGCAAACAGAAGACCAAAACCAUAAAGUGCUCCCUGAACCCUGAGUGGAACGAGACGUUCAGAUUCCAGCUGAAGGAAGCAGACAAGGACAGGCGGUUGUCAGUGGAGAUCUGGGACUGGGACCUGACCAGCAGGAACGACUUCAUGGGCUCCUUGUCCUUCGGCAUCUCCGAGCUGCAGAAGUCUGGAGUUGAUGGAUGGUUCAAGCUGCUGAGCCAGGAGGAGGGGGAGUACUUCAACGUCCCGGUGCCUCCUGAGGGUGAAGAAGGAAACGAGGAACUGAGGCAGAAAUUUGAGAGGGCCAAGAUUGGCACGGGCUCCAAGGCUGUGGAUGAGAAGACGACAAACGCCAUUUCUAAGUUUGAUAACAACGGGAGCAGAGAUCGGAUGAAGCUCUCAGAUUUCAAUUUCUUGAUGGUUCUGGGGAAAGGAAGCUUUGGGAAGGUGAUGCUGGCUGAGAGGAAGGGCACGGAUGAACUCUACGCCGUGAAGAUCCUGAAGAAGGACGUGGUCAUCCAGGACGACGACGUGGAGUGCACCAUGGUUGAGAAGCGUGUGCUGGCACUCUCUGGAAAGCCCCCAUUCCUGACCCAGCUCCACUCCUGCUUCCAGACCAUGGAUCGCUUGUACUUUGUGAUGGAAUAUGUGAAUGGUGGGGACCUGAUGUACCAGAUCCAACAGGUCGGGAGGUUUAAGGAGCCACACGCUGUAUUCUACGCAGCAGAAAUAGCCAUUGGCCUCUUCUUCCUGCAAAGCAAAGGCAUAAUUUACCGAGACCUGAAGCUGGACAACGUGAUGCUGGACAGUGAGGGGCACAUCAAGAUCGCGGACUUCGGCAUGUGCAAAGAGAACAUUUGGGAUGGGGUGACCACCAAGACCUUCUGUGGCACCCCGGACUACAUCGCACCCGAGAUAAUUGCUUAUCAGCCCUAUGGGAAGUCAGUGGACUGGUGGGCAUUUGGAGUCCUGCUCUAUGAAAUGUUGGCUGGCCAGGCUCCCUUUGAGGGAGAAGAUGAAGACGAGCUCUUCCAGUCCAUCAUGGAACACAACGUGGCCUACCCAAAGUCCAUGUCCAAGGAGGCGGUGGCAAUCUGCAAAGGGCUCAUGACCAAGCACCCUGCCAAGCGGCUGGGCUGCGGCCCAGAGGGGGAGCGCGACAUCAAGGAGCACGCCUUCUUCCGCUACAUCGACUGGGACAAGCUGGAACGCAAGGAGAUCCAGCCGCCCUUCAAGCCAAAGGCUUGUGGACGCAAUGCUGAAAACUUCGACCGGUUUUUCACUCGCCAUCCACCCGUGUUAACACCUCCUGACCAGGAAGUCAUCAGGAACAUUGACCAGUCAGAAUUCGAAGGAUUUUCCUUUUUUAACUCUGAGUUUUUUAAACCUGAAGCCAAGAGCUAAGUAGCUGUGUAGAUCUCAUCUUCAUCAUCCAGUCCCAACUGCUGCUGUGGUGACAUUGCAUUCAUGGUUUUUCUUUAGUAAUACUACUAGAGUGACCAUAUUUCAAAGCCAGAAGUGUCUUCACAUAAUUUCGGGCAUGCCUGAAGUGUAAGUGAUGUGCAGUAAGUAAAAACAAUGUUUUUAUCGAUUUUUAUUUGUAGAAAAUGGAAAUGGUUUAUUGGCUACCAGGUAAAACGGACAGGUGUGGGCCACGACAACUGGGAGAAAUCUCUUCAACACGUGCUUUGAUUCCUGCUCUUCCCCUUCCAAGUCCUUUAAUACGAUCGUGAACGUUCCAUCUGCAGCCUUCUGAUCUUAGUGUGAGGAAGUGUUCCCUACCGGACCUCACCCCAUAGAGCCGGGGGCUGCGGGGCAGCUGGGGGCUGUGGGGCAGCUGGGGGCAGAGCUGGCUCGCCCUCUGGGUCUUUGGUAGCAGUGGUCAAUGGCUGGGGAAGCAGCUCUGCUGUCAGCACAGAUUUCUCCUGAUUGUGCAGUUUCCAGGUAGCAAUUUUUUUAAUCGAACGAAACGUAUCCAGUUAUAAGCAGGAUAUUUUUAAAGAGCUGCUGUAGAUGCUUUCAAAUCCAUGGUCACCCUAGUAAAUAGCACGCAAUGUUGGUUCUCAUAGCAAAACUUUUUUUUUUUGUUUUUUUUCAAAUGCCAAAGCAAUUGAUGGAGUUUAUUACCUGUGCUUUAAAUGUGUCAAAAACAGUAUUAACACGAAUGAGAUGCUAUUUAACAUUGAACAGUAUUGUGAAUUCUGCUGUGAAGCUUGUAAAGAGAUGUUUCCACUAAUAUCCCAAUUUUAAAAAGAAAUGUCACUGGAUAUUUAAAUCACCUCCUUUUUGUUUCUGGCAUCAAAGACGAAGUUUCAGGAUGGAUGAAUUUCUCUUGAAACAAUAACGGCCUCACAGCUUCUUUUUUUUUUGCUGUUCUGCAGACGUUGGUGGGCUGUCACUUUGUAUCGACUUGCUUUAAGUUGUAAUGUGCCAAUUUAUUAUUUUUUUUCCAAUACCGGUGAUGAUAAUAAUAAUAAUAAAAAGAAAGUAAGAAAUACCGUAAAAGAAACCUGCAUUUGUCUGGAAGCACCUGUGCAGCCCUGGCCUUUGGGUGGAAGCACCCAGCGCUCGCCCAUUGCUUUCAGCAUCCGCCCCAGCGCAGCGCCACGCAGGAUGGAAGCUCCAGGAGUGCGCCGCGUCACCGUGCGGCUGAGCCUGGUGGGAUCUUGCCUUCCUCCUCUGAGCACAGGGAGAGGGGCUUCUCCUGGCAGAGGGGGCUGCUGCUCGGUGGCUCUUUGAAUGCCUCAAAUGGAGACAAUUGCAGAAAGCACUGAGGAUUUCUGGAAGCUGUGGCCGCGGCUAUCUCAGUGCCGCUAUCUCAGUGCGGCAGCGUGCGCUGUGCCGGUGACUCAUCGCCCUGCCUGCUCGCUCUCAAAGGAGCAGUUGUUAAAAGCAAUUGGCAGUUUCAGCUAAAGAGGGAUUACGGGGCUCUUGCUAUCCUCCCUCUUCCUGAAUGCGUGCAGAAUUUCCUUUCUGUCUUUGGAAACCCAGCUUCUGCUCAAUUGCUGCAGUUGGGAUCACUGCGGGAACUUUCCAAACAGCAUUGGACGGCAGCAGCAGGAGCCGGUUCCAGCGGAGCAUGGGGACAGGGACAGUCACUGUCCUGCUGCUCCCUGCCCUGCUCUGCUUCUCUGUACCUCCUGGAGUCCUGGAGCAUUUCCAGCCAUGAACCUCCCCUUCCUCCUCAUCCCUGUUUGCCAGCUCUGUGUGGCCAAACUCCACCCGCUCAUGGGCUGUUCAUCAUCUUUGGCAGAAGCCAACUUGCCAGCAAUUUUGGAUGAAGCUCAAGGUAAGAAUUCAGCAGAAGUUGCUUUGCUGUGCCUGCAGCUGGGCACCACUGGCUGUGCCAAGGCCCCAGGGCAGGGCAAGGAGGAGGCAGGGCAGGGGCAGCCCCAGCCCUGACCUGGCACUGCACAGCCAUUUCUGCAGCCACUCACCCUAAGGACUCCUGGGUUGGGCACCCACUGCAGGGAUGCAGCCCUGGCACCAUCAGCACUGCUCUGGAAGGCCAAGGGCUGCAGUGCACAGGAGCCAGAUGUGCACAUUGGAUUCCCCUUUGCAACUCUCCUACUGGGUUGGACAGAAUCAUCUCAGUGCUUGUUGGCUCAGUAGCCACUUGACGGUUCUACAGCCUAUGUACCAAUGGGCAGAGCCCUCUGCCCAUUGCUGGUCCCACACUGACCCCUCCAGAGGCUGUCUUUUAUCCAGGUCUGUCUAACACUUGUGUUUCUGCUGCUUUGCUCUUUAUCUGCAUCUGAAGUCUUCCCCUCCCCACUUCUGCACUAUGCCCUGGAUUCACCUCUGCUUCUUCUGUGUUGUUGGGAGGGGAGCAUAGGGCUGCAGCACCUCUCAGCUGCCUCUCGUCCAAAGGGAAGAACCCAGCCAGGACUGUGACAGCAGGGCUCAUGGCUAACAAGAUUUCAUGUGCACAUCCUGGCUUUUCUCCAGCUUCGUCUUUGCUCCUUGAGCUCCAUCUCUGUGCUUCUUCCUACCUUGUCUUUUCUUGGACAUCUUUGGCUCUCUUUACCUUCUGAUCUGGAAAAGUUCCCACGUGAUUCUCCCAUUCUCCCCUUGCAGAGCACUGUCCCCACAGAGACAUUGUGAUCCUGGGCCACCUCUCAAGGUUGGAUUCAUCUCCAGAGGGUCUCCAGAUGUGGUUGCAGGGGAGGUGGGCUGGAUGAUUUGCCAUGUUCUGGCUGUGGCAGCUGGGCCAGGAGGAGUUGUGGUGAAGGCACAGCUCAUUGCCCGUGUAUUCCAUCAGUGAGGAAAGCUGGUGGCUAUGAUGGCAGGCAGGAAGUGGUUCUUGUGGUGACGUGACAGCGCAAGUACAACGAUGCUGCCCCUCCAGAGCCUUCAGCAAGAGCUGGCACCACGAACAGAGCUGGCACCCUGGUGCUCAAAGGCAGAGAGGCUAAAGAAAAGCAUUUGGCAGGUUCCUACAUGGCACCAAGUGUAGCCCCUGGUUCAGUCCAGUGAGUGCUGGCUGCGGGACUUGCGGAGUAUCUCAGCGCAGUCCUGCCAAUGGGACUACAGUUCUUAUAGCAGGUUAUCAGUGUUAAUUAAGACCAUACCUUUUGGAUGGUUUUUAAUUUUGCUUGUUUGUUUGUUUGCUUGCUUGCUUGCCUACGAUGUAGCUGCAAAAUUGUUCUUUUUGUGACAUUAAAAUGAUAAAAGGUUGCAUAUGUGGACUUUCUGUUCUUGGAGGUUUUUAUGUAUUUCUUAUAUACAGCCCUGCAGCAAAUGACAUCUCAAAUUAAAUCAGUAAAACACUGUGUUGAUCAAUACCAUACCGUAGAGGAGCCUAAAUAAUGAUGAUGAUGGUGAGAAGUAAAGCUCCAGGCACCAGGACCCCUCGCAGCUGCUGGUUUGGCGCCAAUUCGGCGCGGCGCUGUCCACGGUGCUGAUCCGUCCCGCAGCGCCCGCGGCCCCGCUCCCUUUGCCGAAGGCCUCACGGCCCGCGCUGCCCUCUUUAACUCUGUGCUUUCCGUU